AUGAGGAUCCUUACUGGAAACCUUCAUUUCUACUUCAUUUCUUUCUUAUUCAGUAGAGCAAAUGGAUUUCUAACUCGGAGAAAACCUACAGGCUAUGCCUUCCCGUUUUAUAACUACUCCUAUUUAAACCUCUCUUCUCUAUCAGAAGCACAAGCUCCAAAAACAGCAAGAGCUCUCAACUUCUCACAUAACAUAAUUGAAAAAAUAACCAAGAGAGACUUGGAAGGUUUUGACGCGCUGGAAGUUUUAGACCUUUCCUACAACUGGAUUAAGGACAUUGAACCUGGAGUGUUUGAGAGUCUGCUCAGCCUUGUUUCUAUGAAUUUAUCAUUUAAUGAUGAGAAACUUCUUGUAUCAGGUCUUCCACCCCACCUGGAGCUCUUACCCACUAGCAAAGCCUCCAGGUCUUUGCAGCUUUGUAAGAAAUCCUCAGAGGUCGCUCUGGAGCUUUCUGCAUCCCACAAGGAGCUGCCACAUUCAGGAGGUCCACCUGUCCUGAAAAAUGUUAAGCCGAGAGUCAGGCGAAGUACAGGGAAUCUUCUUCGAAGAGCAGAGAAAAAUGUAACAGUCUCUCCAACAGUCACAUUAGGGCCUAAUUUCUGCGGAGCACCAAUAAAUGGGAUACUGGAUCUGUCAUACAGCAAACUCUCUGAGGAUGAGCUGAUGUUAAAACUGGAUCCGGAUCUCUGCCAAGAUCAGCUGGACAGAGUUUUGGAGCUUGACAUUAGUCACAGUGACCUGGAAAUGGAUCUUCUGUCGCUCUUCAGCCUGUUUUUCCCAAUGAAAAACGUGCAUUCCAUUGAUGCCAGCUACAACAAAUUAACAAUUAACGUUCUAGAUGCUGAGGGGAUCUGUAACUUCCCAUUCAGCAAGCUUUUGUUUUUAAACAUUAGCAACAAUCCCAUAAACAGCUUGGACACGCUGUGUCUCCCUUCAACCAUCAAGGUAAUUGAUUUGUCCUUCACCAACAUAAGUCAAAUACCCCAAAAUUUUGCUAAAAAAAUGUUUAACUUAGAAAACAUGUAUGUUCAAGGAAAUCACUUCAUAUAUACUGUGCGUCCAGAAAACGCUAAUGCAGUUCCAACGUUUCCCUCUGGAAGUGUACGUAUUAAUGCCAUUUCUCUGGUCAGAAACCAGGCUGGUACACCCAUUGAAAGCCUUCCAAAGAAAGUGAAACAUCUGAAAAUGUCCAACUGCUCCAUUGUAGAACUGCCAGAGUGGUUUGUUGGCACAAUGGAAGAAUUAAUAUUUUUGGAUCUCAGCAGCAACCGGAUUUCUGUGCUUCCUGACUUACCUACCUCCCUGCAGCACCUCGACAUAAGCAACAGUGAUAUUAAAAUAAUACCCCCUAGUUUUAAAACUCUCUACAACUUAACAAUAUUUAAUAUUCAAAAUAAUAAAGUCACAGCUAUGCAUCCUGAGUAUUUCCCGAUGACCAUAACGAAAUGUGAUAUUAGUAAAAAUAAGUUGAACAUGUUGUCAUUAACUGAUGCCCUGGAGAAACUCGAGUAUCUUAAUAUUUCGGGAAACCUAAUCACCAGAGUGGAACCUGCCAGCUGCCUUUCUGCGCUCACUAAUCUGGACAGCAGUCACAACCUAAUUUCAGAACUCCCUGAUCACUUUGGGAAAUCUCUUCCAAUGCUGAAAUAUUUCAAUUUGUCAGGGAAUAAGAUCUCCUUCCUACAGCGUGGCUCUCUCCCAGCUUCUCUGGUUGAGUUAGACAUUAGCGACAACGCCAUUACCACCAUAGUGGAGGACACUUUUGGCCAGUUAACGAGUUUGAGCGUUUUGACUGUUCAAGGCAAACAUUUUUUUUGUAACUGCGACUUGUACUGGUUCAUAAAUGUCUAUAUCCACAACCCCGACUUGCAGAUAAACGGCAAAGGAAGCCUCAGGUGCAGCUUCCCACCAGACAGAAGGGGCUCGCUGGUGGAGAGCAGCAACCUCACGCUCCUGCACUGCUCCCUGGGCAUCCAGAUGGCUGUUACCGCCUGCGUUGCCAUCCUGGUGGUUCUGGUGUUGACAAGCUUAUGCUGGCGGUUCGACGGGCUGUGGUACGUGAGGAUGGGCUGGUACUGGUGCAUGGCGAAGAGGAAGCAGUACGAGAAGAGGCCAGAAAACAAGCCCUUCGAUGCCUUCAUUUCAUACAGCGAGCAAGAUGCGAACUGGACGAAAGAGAAUCUACUGGAAAAACUGGAAACUGAUGGAUUCAAGAUAUGUUACCACGAGAGGGAUUUCAAACCGGGGCAUCCCGUACUCGGUAACAUUUUUUACUGCAUAGAGAACAGUCAUAAAGUCCUUUUUGUUCUCUCUCCCAGUUUUGUGAACAGCUGCUGGUGUCAGUAUGAACUGUAUUUUGCUGAACACCGCGUCCUGAAUGAAAAUCAGGAUUCCCUCAUCAUGAUUGUGCUGGAAGACCUCCCGCCCAACAGUGUGCCGCAGAAGUUCAGUAAACUCAGGAAACUGCUGAAAAGGAAAACCUACUUAAAGUGGAGCCCUGAUGAACACAAACAGAAAAUGUUCUGGCAUCAGCUAGCAGCUGUCUUAAAAACAACCAAUGAACCACUUGUGAGAGCAGAAAACGGAUCUGCUCAGGAGGUGUAUGAGAUGGAGUGAGGUACAAAAACGUGUAAAGGUUGUGCCUGGAAAGUCAGUGGUCAAAUAAAAGCAUUUC